GGCGGGGGACCUGGAGGACGAGGAGAGCUGCCAGCAGAACAGCAGUCCAGUCCACGCGCAACCGGGACUCCUUCUGGCGCCAUGCGCGCGCGGAGUCAGAGAAGCGCGUGAUGAGUCGGACCGGUGCGGCUCCUCGAGACCUUCCGCAACGCGACCACCGCCACCGCCACCAUUACUAUCAUCAACAAGUGUGAAUGUCGCGUUGUGUUUCUGAGGAGACACAAAAAGCGCCACAGUUGGAAAUAUGAAUCAUUUCACUCGUGGACCGGAGAACUUCCCCGCGUGCCGGAACUUUAGCGUUUUGCUCUCUCCCUCGCGGGAGUGUGGACUGCUUCAAGUAGCCUGAACUUUUUAUUUAACACAAGGUUUUAGUAUUUCUGUUCACAGAGGUUCAGGCUGCUGUCGGCGCUGAGCUUCCCCGCCGCCACAGAGGCUGGAUAACACGCAGCCAUCAGUGCAUUCCGAGCUCCGUCUGUCCCGCGCACAACCUGACAUGUUGAUUCCAGUUGCUCGCCCCGCUCCUACGCUCUGAAGCAUUCAACGUCCUCACAAUAAACCUGAGAUUACAGUUCCCUGCUGGAAUAUGCUCAGGGAGCAGCUCAAUUUGUGGAUGAGCUCUUUUGAAAUCUGUUCCAAAAGAUUGUUAUAAAACUCUAUCAAAUCAAUUUUGAAGGAUUCUCUCGCGAUAAGUCCUCAUGUUUGUGUGAAUAAACUCAUAUUUUCAUGCAAUCAUCCCAAUUUAAUGCUAAGAAGCAGGUGGAACUAUGAUUGCUUUUACAUGACAGGACUUGUGGGAGGUUGCUGCUGAAUAUGCAGGACACAGCGGGGCCUGAUAUGCGCAGGAAACCCCUUGUAUUUGAUGGCUUUGGCCUCUUAUGGGCCGUGCUCUUUGGAUUAUUCGUGGCAAAUGCUCCAGCGAUGGCCUGUCCAAGCGGCUGCCACUGUAUAGAGAAGAGCGGCAUGAGCGUGGUCCAGUGUAUGUCCCGCAACUUGGACAAGAUCCCCUCAGACCUUCCGAGAGACACCGUCGUCCUACUGUUGGCGUCGAACCACAUCACGCACAUCCCCAACCACGCCUUCAAAGAACUGCACUACCUUCAGGAGCUGGACCUGUCCAACAACGACAUCGAGACGGUGGACGUCGGCGCUUUCCAAGGUGUUUCCGACAGCCUCCUCGUCCUGGAUCUGUCCAACAAUCGCAUCCAACGGGUCCCCAAAGAGGCAUUCGCCCGUCUCCGAGCCAAAAUCAGCCUCUCCAACAACCCGUGGCACUGUGAGUGUACGCUGCAGGAGGUCCUGAGGGAGCUGCGGCUGGACCCCGAGACUGUGAACGAGGUGAUCUGCCACACUGCGGUGCAGGAGGAAUACGCAGGCAAACCGGUCAUCCAGGUGCUGGACUCAGGGAUCAACUUCUGCAACUUUCACCACAAGACCACCGACGUAGCCAUGUUCGUCACCAUGUUCGGGUGGUUCACCAUGGUGAUCGCGUACGUCAUCUACUACGUGAGGCACAAUCAGGAGGACGCGAGGAGGCACCUGGAGUACCUCAAGUCACUGCCCAGCAGCUCCCAGAUCAGCAAAGACUUUGACACCAUCAGCACGGUUCUCUAGCAGGGCGGUGUGUGUGUGUGUGUGCGCGUGUGUCUGUAAAUAUGUGAGUAAAUCUCUGGUUCUGUACAAAAUGACUUGAAAGCUUUUACGACACAUUCUCACCAGAGGUUUGGAGCACAUUAUUUGAGGUCUUUCAGUGGAAGGAAAUGGGUGGGUUUUGACUUUUUUCAGCCUUAUGAAGGAUUUCUUUUGUAGUAGUCUAAAACAUACAUUUAGAUUGGAUUAAAUAUGCUUUAAUCUGGCUCUACAAGCAGACAGGGAAACAGUGAUAGCACACAAUAAACUAAAUACUUAAAGUCACAUUCACGUCACAGAUGAAAGCUGUAGACUAGAGGGAAAAAUGUUCCCAGUCGGGUGUCGAUCCACGGCGUGAUUGAAUUUGGACUGAGACGAAUGAGGACGACGACUGUCUCCCAGUUACUUUGUAUUGAUUGAUUUACGUUCUCCAUGUGGCACUGUCAAAGUAAAGGGCAUUUUUACCAGGCUUUGGCUAAUAUAAUAUAGGAAGUAGGGCAAGGUGCUGACGUUCAGUUUGCAUAACACGUGCAUUACAGCCCUGCCUCCAAUAAACUUUCCACGUGGAACUACUGACCCAGGAAAUAAGGUCCCUCUGCCACCGCUGCAUUGUCACAUUAAAGACUAAAUGUAGUCAAACAAGGAAAAGUUGCCAUACUCCUGCAGCUCUGUGUUAAAUCCGAGAAAUGGUCUGAACAAGCAUUUCGUCUUACCUUGCCAAGAAUGUUAACACGCCUACUUCAUUACCCGGCGAAGCAUCGAAGGCUCUAGACUGAGAGGGGUGAACGUAAUGAACCAAAUCUUUUUAUUUUCAGUGUGGCACACUACAAAUUGUCGUGUUCCCAAUAUAUGAACUCAGAAUUUUAGCACACUGUGACGAUAUGCCUGUUUUACCUGUCCAGUUUUUACUUUUGCAAUUUCAAUGCAAACAAAUGAGUAAGAACACUGCAACAAUCAUUGAAAGUCUUUUAAAAAGCGGCAGCGAUCCCCCAAAAAGCCUGCCAAACCCUGGAGAUUCUCAUUCAUAGCAAACAUGCAGCAACACGAUCAUCCCUUUGAAGUCGUGUGGUCCCCUGAUUAUUAAGUCUAGUAUUCACUCGCUGUUCAAAUGUGUUUUGGUCUCCGCCAACUCCAAAAGGAAAAGAAGUCUAGAUGUUAAACUUUCCUCCCUUGCCUGUAUAGUUUGUGGUUUAGGGUUUCUCAGUGUUUCUCAGUGCUGAUAACAGCAGGGGGCGAUCACAACUGUGAGCCAUCGAUCACAGGGGCUCGCAGAGGAACAGACGCACACACCUCCCGAAACUCAGCAACGUUUGUUUGAGUCAGCAUAUCCAAAGCCCGGAGCGCGUUUUCCUACACGCAGCCCGGUAAAGCAGAAUCCCAGCCUUAAUGUGGGAGCCGGAACAACCAAAUGAGCCUAAAAGAGGCUGAAAGGCUCACAGCUGACUGAUAGUGCUCAUGUCUUUUGAUUCAGUGUUACAGCGCUGUGAGAUACAGCUGAUACAGUAGUAGCGUGCUGGGAAGAUGGUUAGAAAUCAGCUGCAGUGUGUUGUUAGAGAAACACAUUUUCUCUGUGUUCAUUAUUUCCUGUGUAGGACUACAACUGGCACUGGUGUAUUAUCCAGGACAGCAUGCAGAAGUUCAGCUCUGUUUUAUUACACCCUGGUGGAGUCAGUUACAGCACAGGAGAAAAAAACACACCACAGAGAAGUUACAUAUAAAAAAGAUUGAUUAGUGCAGCUUUGUUCAGAGUGGGGUCCAAAUUUACUCUGUAUGAAUGUAUUUAUGUCCAGAUGUGUGUCCACAAACACCACAUGGUUUAUGUUAUUUGUGAACCACAGAAACUACCAACACAACCAUUUAUGCUGUUGAAUUUG